CUCAUUUCUCCCUCUUUCUCUUUUGCUCUCUCUUCCUCUUUUUGUUGCCUUUCUUUUUUACCUCAUUUAGUAAGUUCAAAUCUGAGGGAGAAAAAGUGAGCAUCGUUCUUCCGGAGUUCCCAAGGGAUAAUAUCGAAACCCUAAAACAGUGAAUGAGGUCAAAUUUGAAAGUGGAGCUGAGGAUUUGUUCAGGAGAUGUGAGAGAGUGGAAGGCAGGAAGGUCCCCAUCCUCUUGAGUAUUGUCUGUUGGAUAGACAGGAAGAGAAGGAAAUGAGUGGUGGAGGUCAUAUUUGGCUGAUUUGGCAUCUUUCCCUCCAACACCUUUAAGAUGAAACCAAGAGCAAAUGUGGAAUCUAAAGCUCAGAGGACAAAAGCACUUCAAGGUGAUGGGCCGAGUUGGAUUCUCAUUGCAGGUGGUGCCUUAUUAAGUACACUUUCAAUUCGCCUUGGUUACAAGAUGAAGCAGACUCUUGACUCAAAGCAACAAGCAAAUGCUAGUAGUAGCCUAAAAGGGAAUGGAAUAUCUUCCGAGAGACGGAGACCACAUGGUUGCCAUUUGCAUUCAAAUAUGUAUUCUUUUCCACACGAUAAUGAUGGUUGCUUUCACUGCACUUCAGGGUACGCGAGCAUGGAGUUGAAGUACCCGCCCAGUGGCCAGGUGCUUUCCGAAUCUGAUGUUGCUCUUCCACUGGUUACAGUUCCGUCCACUGAAUAUCCCAAGGAGAAUGGUGUUAUUUGGGCAUCUUCUCCUGAUCGUUUGGAGUUGCCUCCCAAGCCUUUUCACCAUUCAAACUGCUCAGAUUCUCCAUGUGUAUCAGAAUCCGGUUCUGACAUACUCAGCAAGCGGGAAGUGAUACACAAGCUUAGGCAGCAAUUGAAGAGGAGAGAUGACAUGAUACUUGAGAUGCAAGAUCAGAUUGCAGAAUUGCAUAAUUCACUGAAUGCUCAGGUUGCACAUUCCAGUCAUUUGCAGUCUCAGCUUGAUGCUGCAAAUACGGACCUGUUUGAUUCGGAAAGGGAAAUUCAGAGACUGAGAAAGGCAAUUGCAGAUCAUUGUGUGAGACAUGUGGUCACAAAUGGCGAGUCACAACCUGGGAAUCUGAGUGAAGAAAUGGCUACAUCAAUGGCGAGAGCAAUUGAGUCGUUGGAAAAGGGAAGGGGAGAUGGGGACAGAGUUGAGAUGCUGAAGAGCGUUGUGGGAGAGUUGAAGGAGGUGAUUGAAGGAAAGGAAUACGUGCUGCAGAGCUAUAAGGAGCAGAAAGCAGAGCUAUCCAUGAAGAUCAAGGAGUUGCAACAGAGAUUAGAUUCUCAGCUACCUAAUAUUUUGUAGGUGCACCCUUAGUUUCUUGUUUUCCUCGUUCCUUGUAAUGGUUUUAAGUUUCAAUAUGUAGGAGAGGCUUCCCUUUCUCCUUUUCUUUCUUUCCAUGUUUGGUUUUGCUUGAAUGUUUGACAUUGUUUUAUACUAGAGAAUGUGCAUGAGUUGAGACUAAAGACGGAGAGACAAAAUAGAGAACUGGGGUAUGGUAUUCGCAAAA